GCUGUGAGUAUUCCACUGCGGAUGGAUGUUCUGAAUAGUGUCUCGUAAGGAGUAAAUUUAUUGCGGCUCGUUCGCUGUGUUUUGCUUUUGCUGUGAUAUCAACAAAGUCUGUGAGAUUACCCACUUGUGGUAUAGACAAAUAUUUCGAAGGAAGUGAGUGAGUACAUGUGGUGUGUACAGAGAUUAUUGUUUGCAUUUAUUGACACCAGCUGUGAGUGCUUUGCGAACUCUCUCGGAGCAGAGCUAACGCGCGGGAAGUCCACAUGCGCGAAACGUAUUUUACUCGGGUAGUGUCUGAACAGCAUUGAGAGUGUGAAGUACGAUUCGGGGGGAGAACACGCGUUCGCGGAGCAAAGCAUUAUUCUCCAGACGGCCGUGAAUCGAUUAGGCUAGAAAAUUCGUUCUUCCCUUCUAGCACUUUUCUUUCGAGGGACAGUAGUUGAGUGACAGUGCGAGUUUGAACGUAGUGAUUGUGAUCUUUGGGAAGGAAAGUGAUAAUUUGUCUGGUGGUGAACAACUGAAGUGUGACACAAUGCCCUCGGAACCGAAGGUUUUCAACCCGCACCCUGAUAUCGCCUCAAAGGCGUACAUCAACAGCUUAGAGCAGUAUCAGGAGUUCUAUCAGCAGUCCAUCGACAAUCCUGCACAAUUCUGGAGUAAUGUGGCUAAGCAGUUCCAUUGGGAGACACCCUACGACCCAAAGAACUUCUUCUCGUACAACUUCGACAUCUCUAAAGGUCCGAUCUUUGUGAAGUGGAUGGAAGGUGCUUCGACCAAUAUCUGCUACAAUCUGCUGGACCGGAACGUAAAGAACGGAUUGGGCGACACAGUGGCCUACUACUGGGAAGGAAACCACCCAGACGACUACAGUCGCCUUACGUAUCGCAAGCUGCUCGAAGAGGUAUGUCGCUUUGCCAACGUCCUCAAGGCUCGCGGCGUCCAGAAGGGCGAUCGCGUGUCCAUCUACAUGCCCAUGACGAUGGAAUUGCCGGUCGCUAUGUUGGCCUGCGCUCGUAUCGGUGCCGUGCACUCAGUAGUGUUCGCAGGCUUCUCGUCGGAUUCGCUGGCUGAACGCAUGCAUGAUUGUCAGGCGAAGGUGUUGAUCACCGCUGACGGAGCAUGGCGAGGGGAGAAAAUUCUACACCUGAAGGAUCUCUGCGAUCACGCGAUAGCCAAAGCCGAAGAAUUGGGACAUCACGUAGAGAGCUGUAUUGUCGUGGCGCACAUUAACCGGGUAACACCCGGUAAGCCGGAUUGGGAUGGCGUCUUCGAUACUCCGUGGACGGAUGACCGUGACUACUGGUGGCAUCAGGAAAUGGAAGAAGCGGAAGCGGCUUGCUAUCCUGAGUGGAUGGCAGCGGAAGAUCCGCUGUUCAUGUUGUACACCAGCGGAUCGACGGGAAAACCAAAGGGCGUUCUACACACCACAGCCGGGUACCUGAUGUAUGCUGCGACGACGUUCAAGAUCGUUUUCGAUUACAAACCCCAUGACGUUUACUGGUGCACUGCCGACAUCGGUUGGAUCACCGGUCAUACCUACGUGCUGUACGGACCACUGGCGAAUGGUGCCACGUCGGUGAUGUUCGAGGGCACUCCAUUCUUCCCGGAUAAUGAUCGCUACUGGGAAGUGAUAGACAAGUACAAGGUCACACAGUUCUACACCGCACCAACGGCAUUGCGGUCGUUGAUGAAGUUCGGCGACGGGCCCGUGUCGAAGCAUGAUCUUUCCACGUUGAAAGUUCUUGGAAGUGUCGGUGAGCCGAUCAACCCAGAAGCGUGGAUGUGGUACUACAAGGUGGUGGGCAAUGAGAAGUGUUCGAUUGUGGAUACCUUCUGGCAGACUGAAACUGGAGGACAUGUGAUUACACCAUUGCCAGGGGCUACUCCCAUGAAGCCUGGAUCUGCUUCCUUCCCAUUCUUCGGAGUCAAGCCAACCCUGUUGGACGAAAGUGGCAACGAGAUCAAGGGUGAAGGAGAAGGUUAUUUGGUUUUCUCACAGCCAUGGCCAGGAAUGAUGCGCAGUUUGUUCAACAACCAUCCACGGUACGAGUCCACGUAUUUCUCGAAGUUCAACGGUUUUUACUGUACUGGAGAUGGAGCUCGGCGUGAUGCCGACGGGUACUUCUGGAUCACGGGCCGCGUGGACGAUAUGCUCAACGUUUCCGGGCAUUUGAUGUCCACCGCCGAAGUGGAGUCUGUACUCACCGAGCAUGUUCGCGUCUCGGAAGCUGCCGUCGUCUCCCGCCCGCACCCUGUCAAAGGAGAAUGCUUGUACUGUUUCAUCACGCCUAACCAGAAUGAAGCCUUCGACAAGACGCUUAUCAACGAACUGAAGGUUUUGGUUAGGGAGCGAAUCGGUCCGUUUGCCCAGCCCGAUGUGAUCCAGCAUGCACCGGGACUUCCGAAGACGCGAUCCGGCAAGAUCAUGCGAAGAGUACUGCGGAAAAUUGCGGUCAAUGAUCGGGAAAUUGGCGAUACUUCAACCCUGGCUGACGAGGCGAUUAUUGAGCAGUUGUUCGCAAACCGACCAGUAUCUUAAGUUGCUGGUGAUCUCAAACUUAUGGAGUUCAGUUUGAAGAGACAGAGGAAAAAUCGGUAUCAUGCGAAAAUGAUAUCAUAAAAAUGUGACACAUCUUUCGGACAUCUUACUUACCAAUCUAUUUGGGCGGACUUAUCAAUCGACAAUUUAGGAACGAUUACAACUGAGAGAUCUUGCUCUAGAAUGGUGCUAAUGAACCUGGGUACGACUUGAAAACACAACAUUCACAUAUUAUAUACCACUGAUCUGGUCUAACACUGUUGAUAAGAAUAUACACUCUCAAGACGAUGCAUAAACGAUAUGGAAUUUUAAAGCCUAGGAUUCAGUGUUCAGUGAAAAAAUGUUAGAAAAGGACAUCACAUUCCGAUUGCAGAAAACAAAGUGAAACAGUGAAUCUUUUAUGAGAAACUCGUCGAUGUAGAUGUAUAUGUGCUUUGCUAAUGCAUUCAUGUAUGUUUUAACUUUCUAGUUUUAGGUAUUAAACAAAGUUGUGAAAGUGUUUCGCUAGAAGUGAAACCAAAUCCAUUUGGACAGACAAACACAAAUCGAAUGGUAUAGUUAAACCAAUGUUACAAAAAAUAAAAAAGCCUUUAGUUUCUAAGUCAUUGAGCCUAGCUUGAGCACAGAUAUUUCGUUAUUCAAUAAUAUAGUUUUAUAAUUUUACUUAGUAGUAUCCAAUAAACAGAUUCUGUUUUACAAAUACAACCACACAAAA